AUGCGUUUCUCCGUCGCUACCACCAUCUCCGCCCUUGUGGCCCUGGCUGCUGCCCACACCCAGCCUGACUACAACCAGAACCCUACCGGCAACGCCAUCACCUCUCCCGGUCUCAACGAAAUCGUCCCCGAGGGCAAGAGCUACACCAUCAAGUGGACUCCCACCACCGAGGGUCCCAUCUCCCUGGUCCUCCUCCGCGGUCCCUCCACCAACGUUCAGCCCCUCAAGACCCUCGCUGAGCAGAUCCCCAACUCCGGCGAGUUCAAGUGGACCCCUGGCUCUGACCUGACCCCCGACACCACCCACUACGGUCUUCUCCUCGUUGUUGAGGGUACCGGCCAGUACCAGUACUCUACUCAGUUCGGUCUCAGUGCCGCCGCUGGUGCCAGCUCCAGCGCCGCCUCCACCAUCGAGGUCACCGAGAGCACCACCAUCUGCCCCGAGACUGAGACCGCCGGCCCUACCGCCACCGCCAACCCCUCCACUGUCACUGCUGAGACCACCGAGACCACCACCUACUGCCCCGAGUCGGAGUCUGCUUCCGCCUCCGCCUCUACCCCCGCCUGGACCACUGUCAUCCCCAGCUCCGAGGUGACCACCACCAUCUGCCCCGAGACCCAGACUGCCUCCGCCACCUCCAUCCCCGUGGUUGUCCCCACCGGCGUCUCCCCCGUCUCCUCCGCUGCCUGGACCUCCUCUGCCCGUGCCUCCACCGUUGCUCCCUCCGGCACCGCCUCUGCUUCCCCCGCGGCCUCCUCGCCCGUCUACACUGGCGCUGCCUCCACCAACGCCUUCAGCCUCGGCGCUGUCUUCGCUGGUCUCUUCGUUGCUUUCGCUAUCUAA